AACUCUUGAAUAUUCUAAACAUGACUCUUGAUAACUUUUUCUGUCAAAGAAGCUACAUUAGCCAUUAAUAAUCCCUGAGCUUACAUGUAAAAAGAACACCUUCUUGUGAUAAAAGAUAACAUGAGGUACACUAUUAUUCUAUUCUAAUUGAGGUUUCUUAACGUAUGUGUCUCGAUUGUGUGAAUACACACACGUGUUACACUGUUCUCCAAUUUUAACUCCAUGAACUGAGUCGACAGAGUUCAACUUUUCACCACUCACAUGUAGGAAAUUACUCUGCCAAUGUCAGAGUGCACUAUGUCACUUUUAACUUCGUUUUCAAGAGAUGUUAUGUUCUGGGUCUUGUCCUUUUCACCAAAAACAUAUACUUUCUUCUCAUUGCUUUGGUGUCACAGUAUAGUGGGUCUUAAUCAAUUUAACAUCUUUGCUUCAAGUUAUCAACUUCAACAUCUGUAAUCCAUUGUUUUUUCAUCUGCUCUGAAUCACUGCCAAGGAGGUUGUUCUUGGAGAUUGGCAUGGGAUGGGAAUGGGAGUGGUUUUGGAUCUGAUGUUACAGCUCUGCAUCAUUGCCUUUGCUGUGGCAGCUCAAGGAUCCAAAGGUUCCAUCUUAUCUCCAUCUCCACUAUUCCUUCCUGCCAUUCCUCCUAUAACAGAAACACUUGGUCCUAUCAAUCAUGGAGAGUCUAAGGGAGGCAAUGCACCAAGCUUACCACCAGAACCAGAUGGGCUUGUUAUGUCCCCAACUCCAGCAAACUUGCAUACAUAUCCUUCCCCUAUUGAAUCACCUGGUUCUUUACCCCGAAGAGAUUCAUCGAGAAACAUUGCUCCAAGCUUUCCACCAGUACCAAAUGGGUCAUUUUCUCACCCUCCAAAUAUAAGACCACUCCCUUCAUCAGCUCCAACUCCUCAGAUGCAUAAAGACAUUGAACCGUUCAUAUCUCCAAGUUCAAGCCCAGCAGCAUUAUCACCACCACAUGAUGUCAUUCCUUCACCAUCAACAGCGCAAGGAAAUAUGCCACCAUCUGUAAAAUCAAGUCCACCUCCAAGGAAAGCACCUUUUGUUAGGCCUCCUGCCCCUACACCAACUGCUCCAGCUCCAGUUGCAAUACCUUCUGGCAGAUCACCAGAAAAUUCCCCAGUUAGCCAACCAGGUGAACAUGGAAAUUUGGCACCUAAUGUUGAUGAUAGCAGAGCAAAUAAGAGUCAUACUGCAGAGCCAAUUUCCCCAACACCAAUUGUAACACCUUCUACCAAUGUUCCCAAAAAUUCACCACGCAGCCAACCGACUGAACAUCAAAGUUAUCCUCCUCAGCAGGGAACAAAUAAGGGCCACGGCCCAGGACCAAUUUCACCAGCCCCUUUUGCAGUUAAUUUACCAAAAACAUUGCCUGUCAGCCAUCCGCCUGAACAUGGGAGUUUACCGCCAAAUGCUCAUCAAAGGAAUGCAAAUACUGGUCACACCUUGGAGCCCAUUUCUCCAGUUUCAGCAGCAAAACCUCCUGCAACUUUGAAAGAAAAUUCACCAGUCAGUCAACCAACUCAACAUGGAAGUAUUCCACCAAAUGUUAAGAGGAGUACGGAUGAAGGUCACACUCCUGAGCCAGUUUCACCAAAGUCUGUUGCAUCCCCACCAUGGGAAAUAGAACACAUCCCACCAGUGACCCACCCUAUUUUCCCAAUAACAACUCCAUCCAUAUUACCUGCACCAGCCACAUCACCAAUUAGUGCAUUUCCAGUAAAUAAACCAUUGGUCCAUCCAAAUUUUCCAGUAGUGUCUCCAUCAAAAUUACCAGCAUCUGUUCCCUCUCCCACGUCAACACCUUCAAGAAGCACCAAUUGGAGAAAGGAUGGAGAACCAGCUGCUGAACCUUUGUACAAAACACCAAAGCCACUUACAGAUGUAAUCCAUUCCCCUGCUCGAGAUAGAGCAAUUCCUCCCUCAUUGUCGUCAGCAAGUGGGAAAAAACAUCAUGUUCCACUACCAAUGAACCCAGUAUCUCCGUCGAAGUCUUUUAUCAAGAGCCCUAAGAUGCUCCUCCUGCCUCAGAUUCAUGCACUGCCACCCCCACCUCCAAAUGAAGAUUGUUUAUCAACUGUCUGCUCAGAGCCUUAUGUAACUUCGCCACCAGGAGCACCAUGCAGAUGUGUCUCGCCCAUGAGAGUUGGUCUUCGCCUUAGUGUUCCUCUUUAUACCUUCUUCCCUUUGGUUUCAGAGCUGGCUUCUGAAAUUGCCACUGGCGUUUUCAUGAAACAAAGUCAAAUUCGAAUUAUGGGAGCCAAUGAAGCAAACCAGGAACCUGAGAAAACUGUUGUCCUUAUUGAUUUGGUGCCACUUGGGGAAAAUUUUGAUAAUACAACAGCCUUUCUGACUUUUGACAGAUUUUGGCAUAAAAAGGUAGUUAUAAAGGCUUACUACUUUGGCGACUAUGAUGUGUUAUAUGUGAGCUAUCCAGGUUUACCUCUUUCUCCUCCUUUACCACCUUCAAGCAUUCCCUUCAUAUAUGGUGACCCAUAUUCCACUGUUGGCAAUAAUGGAGGGGCAAUAAAGCCCCUUGGGGUUGACAUACAUAAGAGUCAGCAUAAAGGUGGACUUAGCAGAGGCAUAAUUGCCAUUGUUGCUGUUUCAGUUUUUCUAGCAGCUGUUUUAUGUACAGCUGUUGCUUGGGUCAUGUUCAAAUUUAGAGAUCAUGUUAGUCAACUAGCCUCAACCCCAAGGCUUUCACCACCUUCUCUUACCAAAACACCAGGUUCUGCUCGUGUGUCAUUAAUUGGAAAUGUAGGGGCUGGUUCUAAUUCCUCAUCAUUUCGAUCUAGCAUUGCUGCUUAUACAGGGUCUUCUAAGACUUUCUCCAUGAAUGACCUUGAGAAAGCUACUGAUAAUUUUCAUGCUUCAAGAAUACUUGGAGAAGGUGGUUUUGGCCGUGUUUACGGUGGUGUCCUCGGAGAAGGAACAAAAGUGGCUGUCAAGGUUCUAAUGAGGGAUGAUCAUCAUGGUGACCGUGAAUUCUUAGCUGAGGUUGAGAUGCUUAGUCGUCUUCACCAUAGAAAUUUGGUCAAGUUAAUUGGUAUAUGUGCUGAGGACAGCUUCCGAGGCUUAGUUUAUGAACUCAUUCCAAAUGGCAGUGUGGAAUCCCAUUUACAUGGGGUUGACAAGGAAAACUGCACACUUGAUUGGGGUGCUCGGAUGAAGAUAGCUCUUGGUGCAGCUCGCGGUCUAGCUUAUCUGCAUGAAGAUUCAAGUCCCAGCGUUAUACAUAGGGACUUCAAGUCUAGCAACAUAUUGUUGGAAGAUGAUUUUACACCAAAAGUGGCUGAUUUUGGAUUGGCUAGGGCAGCAACGGAUGGGCAGAACAUACACAUAUCAACACGUGUCAUGGGAACUUUUGGUUAUGUGGCUCCGGAGUAUGCAAUGACUGGGCAUCUUCUUGUUAAGAGUGAUGUGUACAGCUAUGGUGUUGUUCUUCUUGAGCUUUUGACGGGAAGAAAACCUGUAGACAUGUCACAAGCUCCUGGUCAAGAGAAUCUUGUUGCGUGGGCUCGUCCACUUCUCGCUAGUAAUGAAGGUCUGAAAGCAAUAAUAGAUCCAUCUGUGGGAGCUGAUGUGCCUUUUGAUAUUGUAGCUAAAGUUGCAGCCAUUGCAUCAAUGUGUGUGCAACCAGAGGUAUCAAACCGUCCCUUCAUGGGUGAGGUUGUUCAGGCUUUAAAACUUGUAUGCAGUGAAUGUGAAGAAGCAAAAGAAGAUGCAGUCUCAAGAAGUUCUAGCCAGGAAGAUUUAUCUGUUGUUUUAGAUGGGGGAGCCAGCACUGUUUCUGGACAACUACAAGAUGAAAGACAUUUCUCGGCUAGUCACUUUAAUUCUGAAGUUGAUAUUGAAAGAUGCUUGUCAGCAUCAGAACAAUUCAGUUCAUCCGCAAGAGUCGGCAGGCGAGAUACUGAAUCAUUUAGAAGAAACUCUUAUUCAGAACCUCUGAGAUCCGAAAGAAGCACGCGGUUGUGGAAGAUAAUUAGAAGGCUUUCUGGUGGUAGUGCCAGUGAACAUGGAACUAUGUUCAAGUUAUGACCAGGUUCCCAUGUUUGAAUUUUGCUUUGUGGAAAUUGGUUUUCCUGGAUUUGUUAAUCUACAGUUUAUAGUCCCAGCUUUUCAAGAGGCAUUUUAAAUUGGUGUGGUGGAAAGAGGAGCAUUUCCUUUGACUACAGAAGUUGGCCUUUUUUUCUGGGAUGAGGACUCCACUGUGCUAUAGAACAUAAAGAACCAGACUUUGCACUUGUAGUGUUAAUAAAAUUGGGUGAAAGGAGUUUUUUUGUUAAAUUGUGAAUACACUACUUGUAUUUAAGGGGUUAUUUUUGGACCAAGAGGGGUUGCUGCUAUUUGGUGUGUCUAGGACUAUAUGCAUCAUGAAUUUGCAGUCCAAAUAAUUGUAAUAUCGUAAGCUUAUAGGCCUGGUGUAAGAUGUGUAUAAGGUGAACUUAAUGCUUCAAAGCUUGCACUCUGAAAUGGACAUCAACAUUUGGUAUGAA